AAGUGAAUUGUGGGUGAUUCUCGUGUGGAUUUAAUGAAGUCUUAUACGUAAUACAUUUGGUAUUUUUAUACAGUUUGCAUCUACGUUUCUUCAUUUUGAUUAUGUUUUUAAUAUAUCGCUUGCAUCGUUUUGUUGCUAAGUAACGCAGUUGUGAGUUUCACUCAGAUUUUCAUUCGCGGUAUUGUUGUGUAGGUCUUCAAUCGUGAGAAUAUUCUUUCAAUUAUGUAAAUUAAUCUUUAUUGUGGUGUUUGAUCAAUCAUUUACUGCAGCAUAUAAUCGAUCAUACAGAGAGAUGAUCCAGAUGGAGUCAGAGAGAGCACAGAUCUUCUGGGAGGAUGUGGAUGUUGAUUCAGUGUUUGAUGAACUGCUGGAUUUACUGCAUCACUUGAGAGAAGCUAUAAGAACAAACACUGCCACAGACAAAGAGUAUGUUCAGGCGAUGAAGAUCAUUCUAGACUCUGAACUGACUGUGGAAAGGGCUGAUACCAUUGAAGAAGUGCUGAUCGAUGAAGAUAUACUGACAGUGACUGUGUCAGAGUCUCAGAGUCCUGACAGGUUGAGGAACGGUGUCGGGACAGAGGAAGUGCUCCAGAAGGACAGCUCAAGGAACUCGAAGGAUGAGUGGAGUUCAGACUACAGCCAGAUGUCAUCCGCCGGUCGACCUGAAGCCGUGUGUUCCUACGACCCGUCUGCGCUGCUGUCUCCUCUCAGCUUCUGUUCUGAAGAGCCCAAAUCACCCGCCACGCUCUUGUACCAACCACACGACUGCAGCCCGGCCUGUGUCCCCCGGCUGCCCGCUCACGCUGACCGCUUCCUGGGUCACAACCCAUUACGAGUGCCAAUGCUGUGCCAGUUUCAGCGCCAGUGCGCCCGGAUCCGUGUGUCUGCAGAGCUGAAUGACCACCCAUCGGAAUGUCAGGACGGAGACGUGCUUUAUAAAGCGCCAUGUGGGCGGAGUCUGCGCUCGACGGAGGAUGUGCUGCACUUCCUGUUGCAGUCCAACAGUCUUGGCAUUCUGCAGCCGGACAAUUUCACAUUUAACCCGCAGAUCGUCCCAGAUCAUCAGGCGCUGUCACAUGCACUCGCUGGAGUUGCUCCGGCGGUCCUGAUGGAGCGAGACCUCAGCCGUGGCAUCGAACCGGUUCCCAUCGCGCUGUUUAAUGACGUCGACGGGCUUCGGCCGAAAGAGUUUCGCUACCGUAAAGACCGUUGGCCGCAUGGCUGCUUCCUCAGCGCAGCUCCGUUUUUCUCAGCGUGCUGCGACUGCACAGACGGCUGCGCAGACGUGCAGACCUGCGCUUGUCUUCAGCUCACUCUCAAAGCAGAUGCACAUUCAUACAAACACCUGCGGCUGAAUGAGGCUGUCCGGACGGGGUUGUUUGAGUGCGGCCCGUGGUGCGGAUGUGAAAAGAGUCGCUGUCAGAACCGCGUGGUUCAGAGAGGACUGCGCGUGAGGCUGCAGGUGUUUCGUACGGUUGACCGCGGCUGGGCCGUGCGUUGCCGUGACGACCUGGACAAGGGAACCUUUGUUUGUAUUUAUGCAGGUGUGGUGCUCAGACUGGAGCAGAAUGUGGAGGAGCCGGCCGCUCCUAAGAGCCGAGAGCUUGUGUCGGAUGAUGAAGUGGAGGUGGUGGAGGAGUGGACGCUUCCCUCAGGUGUGAAAGAGACCGUCACAGAGACUCUGGACCGCUCGCCGCCGCUGUAUGUUCCUGUGAUUCAGAGACCGGCCGAUCAGCCCGCACAGAGUCUGGAAACCGACGGACCGCACGCUUCACACAAGGACCAGCAACUGUUAACCGUUACAUUGCCAGACUGCAGUGAGACAGAGCCGUGUGAAGAGGUUUCGAGGAAGAAGCCCAGAUUAACUGAAUCAAACGGACUCAAUGACGGCACUGAGAAAACAACAGACACGCUAAAUAAACUCAGUCAGAUCUGUGGCGAUGAUGUUUAUUACCUCGAUGCUUCUAAAGAAGGAAACGUGGCUAGAUUCAUUAAUCACAGCUGUGAUCCAAACCUGUUCAUCCAGAACGUCUUUACUGACACACACAAUAAGAAAUUCCCCAUCGCUGCCUUCUUCACAAACAGGAUGAUUAAAGCUGGAACUGAACUGACCUGGAACUACAGUUACAAAGCAGGAAGUGAGCCUGAUCAUGAGCUGCCCUGUCGCUGUGGGAACAGGAACUGUCAGGAGGUUCUCAUCUGAACCACGCCGCAGCGUUUGAUGUGGCAAUCGUGUUCAAUGUUGUGCAUUUGGUCAACUUUGACAUAUACAGCUGCUGUCUGGAGGGUCUUUUGGUUUGUUUGAUCUGAAACAGAUAUUGAAAUAAAAUUCAAACAUGUUAAAUAUU